AAGAGACCCUAAGAGAAAAGGUCGGUUGCCAGCUGUCUAUGGCCUUUCCUAACUUCAACGUCCUCAUGACAAUGUAGCACUUGUUAUUUCCCUGUAUUUAAACGUCAUAUUAACGUUGUGUUUCUAUUUGUAUUUGUGCGAUAUACUUCUAAUAUUAUAUUUAGAAUGUCAAGAAGCUCUCGGGAUGGAAACUGGCAUCAUCUCUGACGGACAGAUCAGCGCUUCUUCGGAAGCCAGUGCCAUUUAUGCUGCUAUCCAAGGGAGAUUACACUUUCAAGAAACCGUAGACAUAGCAGGUGGCUGGGCAGCUGCCACAAACGAUGCCAAUCAAUGGCUUCAGGUCGACCUGGGUAGACAGCUAGCGAAAGUGACACGCGUAGCAACACAAGGAAGAAAUGGCCCUUACAUACAGUUGGUCACAAAGUACAAGUUACAGUACAGUAACGACGGAGUGAAUUUCCAGAAUUACACCGAGCAAAAACAAAACAUAGAUAAGGAUCUUACUGGAAACACAGACCAGGAUACUGUUGUUUACCACGUACUAAAUCCACCAAUCAGAGCGCGUUACAUCCGGUUUCGUCCAGUGGCUUGGUAUGGCUGGAUAUCAAUGAGAGUGGAACUCUAUGGCUGUCUACAAGAUUCCUGCCGAUCUCUUAAAUUUGCCUCACCAGUCGAUGGAUUUGCUCUUGAGGGUCACGUGAUUAAAAACAUAUCUUUACAUACGGGAAUGCGUAGCUCUUGCAUAGGGCGAUGUUCCAUAGAAAGUAAAUGUACGUCAUUCAACAUCGGUCCACAAAUAGACAACCAUGUCAUGUGCCAGCUGAGCAAUUCCGACCACAUGAGACACCCUGGAGACCUCAAACCUAAGGAAGGGUUUACCUACAGAGCCACUGAGAGCCCAUGCUCCAGUAACCCAUGUUUUAAUAAUGGUACGUGCGUCCUGAAAGGAUUAACAGACAAGAAAUACGUUUGCAUGUGCCAGACUGGUUAUCGUGGAGAAAGAUGCGAAAUAGGUAAAUCAAACAAUAACAGCGUACCGUGCUGA